AUGUUUACUUCUGCUAUCAUAAACAGCUUCAUCAGCGUCGACCGCUUCCCUUGGGCAGCCCUCAUUCAUCCCUCGGAUGUCAGCUUGACAAUCGACAAGUCCACCAUUGGCCACUUUCCGUGUAUCGACGUUAGUGUUGACCACCAGCCACCAUCCGACCUACACCCCAAGCUGUUUCGUCUGGAUCCGGCAACCGCACCAGCCAGCGGCAUCUCUCUCCGCCCGCUUUGCUAA